CAGCAGCCGCGCCGUUCGUCACCCCGCAUUUAUUUCCCGAAUCGGGGCCGCCGCUCCGCCAGGGGGCGCUCUCGCCGUGCGCCCGCUCUCCCACUGCGGCUGCGCAGGGCCGCCCCCUCGGGGAAGCGGCGUCUGAGCGCAGUACGGCGGAGAUGGAGCUGGCGGACGGCGGGCGCGUGGUGCUGUGCGUGCUGUGCGGGCUGCCGGCCGCCGGCAAGUCUACGCUGGCCCGCGCUCUGCGCCGCCAGCUGCCGCUCCGCCAGGGCUGGGACUGCGCGCUGCUCGUCUACGACGACCUCAUCCCGGAGGAGGCCUGGGGGCGGGGCGAGCCUCCGCACGGGGAGCCCCCAUUGGACUCCGCCUGGAAGCGGCGGCGGCGGGAAUUGCUGCGGCUCCUGGAGCGCUUCCUGCGGGCGCUGCGCUCCGGCCCCGCCCCGCCCGGCCCCGCCCCGCCCGGCUGGAGCCGCUUCCUGAGCUGCUGCGCCGAGCAGGGGCUGCGCCCGGGGCGGGACGGCGGCGGUCCCCGCGUCCGCCCGCUGUGCAUCGUCCUGGAUGACAACUUCUACUACCGCAGCAUGCGAUACGAGGUGUUCCAGCUGGCUCGCGAGUAUUCCCUGGGCUUCUGCCAGCUCUUCCUGGAAUGCCCCCUGGAGCUGUGCCUGCAGAGGAACCGCCUGCGGGGCAGCCCGGUGCCCGAGGGGACCAUCUGCCGUAUGGCACAGAGAGUGGAGCUGCCAGAGCCUGAGAAAAACCCCUGGGAGCAGAACAGCCUCAUCCUGAGCUGCUCUGCGUGCACCCCAGAGGAGCAGUGUGAUGCCGGGCUGAUGGAGGCUUUCCAUGUGCAGAUAAUUAACUUGCUGGGUGCUGCGUUGGAAAAUCCCGUGAAGCAAAACAGGGAAAACACUGAGCAGAAGGAAGCGGAUCGAGCGAUCUGUGCAGCCAGCACUGUCCAUCAAGCUGAUCAGACAUGCAGACGAAUCAUCUCUCAAACCAUGAAGGAGGCAAAAGAUAAGAACGUGCUCCCAAGUGAGCUGAAAAGCCUGGCAGAAGAACUCAACAAACUCAAAGCAGAAUUUUUGGAAGAUCUGCGGCAAGGAAGUCAUGUGGAAAAUGAAUCUGGCCAACAAAAUCCUACCACUGACCCUGCUACCAGUGUGCUUUCUUCAUUCCAACUUGAGGCAACCAAUGUAAUUAAUAAAUACAUUUUAAAGUAAUAAUAUAGAGAAUGUUGGAUUGCUCUGAAGAGUAAAGAGCAUUAAAAAUGUAACACUGUUUUAGCAGUGCUGCUGAAAAUAUCUGAGAGUGACAGCUUCCUUCUCUGGAGGGCUCAAUCACCUCUAACUCCUGCUCCUGGUUUAUGGAACAGGGAUGCUGUAUAGCACAGCAGCCUGGGAGGAAUGCCUGGAAGUCAUCAAGUUCCACUUCCCUCUUGCUGUGGGACCAACAUCAGGCUGGCCUGGCUUUCCCAGAACCUUAUCCAGCUGAGGUUUUGAAGAGCACCUUGAAUGGCAGCCUGCUCAGCUCUGCUCCCAACAGGUAGCUGAGCAUUUCCACAGCUCUUUUGUGCCUGACAAGAUGUAAGAGCAAUAAGUGAGAUGGCAUAUAGCGCGUUAAGUGGUACGUUGACAACAAAUGAACUGCAGCAUCCAAAGCUAGGAUAUAGAGACAGUUAUGCUCCAUUCAAGUACUGCCUCAUUUUCCCAAGUCCAAUUUUUAGAUCAGGCUAUUGGCCUCCCUACAGCAACUCUGUAAAGGAAAAGAUUUGAAACACCUUAAACUGAGAUUCAGAGCUGCAGACACACAUGGAUGCAGGUAGGAAUAACUUGGAUGUCCAAAGGAGCUGAAAGGUUGGUGCUGCCUUCAAAGCUGCUACAAGAUACUCAUUUAGCUUCCGUGCAUAGGGACAUCCAGCUUAGGGUGAUGAAAAGUUUGAUCUCACCUUCCAUACCUUGCUUAAAACACACCUAGGCAUGAGCAGUUCACCAGCUGAUCCACGUGCAAUUGAAAGAUGAAUCACUGUAAGGCUUAAUUAGAAAGUAUUAUUUUAUUCUUACCUUACAAAAGCAAAGCUCCACAACAUGAACUACACUAGAUAUAGUCGAGUUAUUUCAGAAUUAACCCUGUCUUCUGAGAACAUCCACUACACAGUAAAAUUUAGUUUACAGUUCUAAUGGAUUUCAUUUUUGCAUACAAAAUAUGCUCUUUACAUUGAAAUACGUAUUAUUAACAAAGCAGGUACUUAGAAGCACAUACACAAAGAUUGCUCAAUGAAAAAUGCUUCAGCAGGGUAUAUAUUUUCCUGCACCAAAACAUCCAUUUGCUGUAGAUUUUCAAAGAAGCUGAAAAUUAAUAGAAAACUUGCCAGUGAAAACUUCUAAAUUACAUUCCCAUCGUCCAAAGAAACAAAAAGCAAACAAGCAAACCUCCAAAACAUCCUGGAACAGAAAUACAACAGAUCAUUUUGCUAGGAAACAAUGGCACGCAUCUUUAUGUUAAAAUGCCAAUUAAAGUUUGAUGUCAAAAUUAACUUUAUCUAAACACUGUAUCUGUGACAAACCAACUAUUACUACUCUCUGUUAGCUGUUUUACAGUUGGCUUAAGUGUUAACUGAGAUGAUCUACCAAGAUCUUCACGCUCGCUGGAAAACCUCUCAAAGUACUGAGUCUGUAUGAAGAGUGCUAAUAAAUAAUGCAUGUUCAAAUUAUCAACAAAUCUGUAAAAUAAUCUAUCACAAUACAAAUAAACAAAAGAAAACCAUUAACUUAAUGUUUUGCAACUACAGAAGUUACCGGAGUCAAGGUAUGGGGAAAAAAAUAGAUCAGCUCAUUCCCAAACUUCCCUGUGAAUACGAGGUAAGAUGCUCAUUACCAACUUGCAAUACAAAGGUUUGUUUUCAUAAAGAAAAGCCAGUGCAGUGCAGCACAUGGAGAAGCCAAUGUGGAAAGGCCCACUAACCAAGGUCUUGAUCCCAUGGUUCCUUAAGGGAAUCCCUCGCUGACUGAAUGAGUAAGGCCUGCUCGUGCAUGGCAAUUGUCAGGAUCAUCAUCCAUUUUCCAGUAUUAGUUCUGUUCUUUAAAUUAUAGUAAACAAUAUGUACAACAAAACCAACAGGAAAACACACCUUCCAAAUCUACUCAGUAGUCAGAAGGAGCUAGUUAUAGUCAGGGAACUGUUUGGCACAACAGAACACAGUAUUACAUAGGGCCCCUUUCAGUAAGGUCACGCAGGCUCCCUCUUGCUACCAGCUACUUCUCAUAGUGACUUUACUGCUCUACCUAAAAUUACAUGCAGGGGAAUUAUGGUUCAGAAGUCAUUGCAUUAGACAGGAAGACCGUGCUGCUUAUAGGCACUGCUGAAGAAAGUCAGAAUGGAUUAAAAACAUAAAGAACAAAACCCAAUCACAGCAAUCCCUCUGGUAUCAAAGACUGGAGCCACAAACGAAAUUCAGCUGCUGUAACCUACGUAACUCACAGCUGGAGGGUAUUCCUUACAGCAGUGCCAUCUGGGAAGUCUCCUUGCAGCAGCCAGAGCCUAGAAAAUUAAAGUCUGCACCACGUAUCAAAAGGUAAGAAAAAGGACCUUUGUAAUUGUAAUGGUCUUUAAUAUUUGUGCUUCUAAUACUGUAUAAUUUAACCACCUCUGUGUGUCACCUUGGUACUGUUCUUUGACUGGAAAGGCCGUGUCACACAUCCUGUACAGGAGCAAUACCUUCCAUGUAGAUUUCAGUUCAGUCAACUUCACCAUAACCUUUAAAAUACAAAAGGACACACAGGAGGGUGGUUCCUGGUCCUCUGCAUUCAGUUCAUGCAAAGAGCUGCUGUUUUGCUUCUGAAAUUUUCAAUUGUAAAGUGAGAAAGGGAUAUCAGAGGAUUAUAAUGAGUGCCAUAAGAAAAAUAGAAAUCAUAUUCUCAGUUAUACCAACUCACUAAAAUGCAUUUGAAACCAAGCCUGAAACGAAAACAGUAGAUGAAUUAGGUAAGUGUAUUAAAUUCCUAAAUUUCUAAUUCAUUCAAGUGAAAAUCAUCUCUAGUGCCAAAAUUUUCAGGUUCUUUUUCCCUGCAUAUUCUUCUUAAACAUAAGUCCUUGUAAGCUUUAGCUCCCAUGGCAAUACAGAUCUGAAUAACCAAACACUCGCUAUUCAGAUUGCAGACACUGAUUUCCAGAACAGGAACAAAAUCUUCCUACUUUUGACAAAAUAUUUUCUGCCAUAUUUCGCUGAUAGGAAAGGGGGAGUACAUAUAAAGGAAGCUUUAAUUUAUCUCCAGUAAGACAAACUAAGGUAAAAGUGCAUGUCUAAGUACGGUAAGAGUAAUGGUUCUUCAAUUUUUGAAGCAUUACAAAUUCCUGUGUAACAUAUCAAGAGCUUUUAUUAGUUCUAUUAGGAUGUUUCAUAUAAAUUCCUAUUAAAGUGCCUGUCCAUUAGUCUAGGUGCUUCUAAAGUAACAUGUAAAGGAUUAAAUAAACAUGUGCAAUGGACUUCAUGUACAUCUUUGUGUACGUAUGCUAUUAAUCACAAUGAAUUAAAUGUAGCCAGCCAGUGCUUCUUUGCCUGCCUGCUACAUGAAUACUUAAAAAAAACCCAACAAAACAAACCCAACCCCACCACAAACACACCCUCAGCUCUUCUCCGUGCUUCCAGCACAACAAAUGUUGGGGAUGGAUGCCAGACAAACUGACUUCCAAGUUAGCCAAAGCUUACAAUACAUGUGAUUACACAGCUUUCAAACAGAAAGGCAACCUACCAGCUGUCGCUUGGCCCAAGAUAAAACUGAGUAUUAGAUAGUUUUAGCUCAUAAACCUCUUGUUUCUAUUAGAACUUCCAUCAGCCAGACAGAAGUCUAGUUGUGCAAAUUUUAAAGAUGCGUACAAAUUGAUUUAAGGCAGUUAACACUGGUCUGUGCUAGUACUACAAGAAUUGCCUCCUUUUAACAUGGAUACAAUUUUGCUAGGUGUACUUUGCAGUUUCAAAUAAGGUGUCAAGUUUAUUCCUUCUUUUUACAAGCAGUGAAUGAUUGGCUCUUAACUUUAUUUCCCUACCAGAGUUUCACUCACAAUAACCUUUUAUCUUCUAGCUUCAUGGUGAAUUUUAACAAUAAUAGUUAAAUUAGUGUUUUGAGUUUGGGUCAUAUUAAGCAAAAACAUAUUAAUCUCAUCAGAUUAAAGUGAGCUUUAAAAUCAAAUUCAAUUUGUAUGUGAAAGUUGCUUCUGUUUGUGUUUUGACAGUAGCUAUGUUUUUAAGGAUAAGUCUCCAAAGCAACCACAUCUGUCUCUGCAGUAACCUUUCACAGUUUAUGCUUAACAUAUUUUAUCCUAUCUAACAAAUCUGAUGAUUGUAUUCUACAUGUCAGCACUCUGUUUCUACAUCUGUAAUGUUCAUGGGGAUUUUAAGAGCAGGCAACUGAAAUUUUGCAAGCAAAACAUCUUACUAAAUUCCAAUUUUUAUAAUACUUUCAGUGGGUUGAUUUCUCUUUUUUUUUUUCCUCCUUUUAAAGGCUACAUAUAAAACAACCACCACAUCUUAUACAAAAUUUCCCUGGCAAGUUUCAUGACAACAUAGAAAUAAAUUUGCCUCCUUUGUCCUAUAGUUUAACGCAAAUUUUCCUUAUGGGAAUGUGCAAGCUUUCCUUCAGGAAGUAUGAAAAA